CACCGCCGACCGAUUCUUCUUCUGCGCUUACUUCCCGGCUCACUCACAACAAACACAGCUUCCUCUAAGACACACAAAUAAGUGGUCCACGUCGUCGGAUGUUUGGAUAAACGUAAUGCUUGCGGUCACUCUCGCACUGCAAGAAAGCCCGACAUGUCCCACUGACGCGAGACAGGAGUUAGCAUCGCUAGCUUAGCUAAACCGAACCGCUCUGUGCUAUCGCAGCCGGCUCGCCUUGGACCCAGAGAACUUCCUGUUGGAUUUUUAAAAACGAUUUCUAUAGAAAACCUGGGUAAAAGGACUGCACCGUGAUGUAGUUUGUCCCCGUUCUGGCCGCCGGUUUCACCGCCUUCUGAGGAGGGGUUUGAGAUUGUUCUCUGAUCACAGCGAUGGACGAAGACACCCCGACCCUGAAGCCCAGGCGGAUACAAAAUCAAAACGUAGUUCAUCGCCUCGAGAGGCGGAGGAUCUGUUCGGGCCGACCCGGAGCUCACUGGUACAGAGUACGGUGCUUCCACCAGAACCUUUUCCCCAACUUCACCGUGGUCAACGUAGAGAAGCCCCCCUGCUUCCUCCGAAAGUUCUCGCCAGAUGGCCGAUGUUUCAUUGCCUUCUCUUCUGACCAGACUUCUCUGGAGAUAUACGAAUAUCAAGGCUGCCAAGCGGCUCAGGACCUGCUGAGAGGCCAAGAGGGAGAGACUCUCCUAACGGCCAAUGACCAGCGGUCCCUCAACAUCCGAGGCCGCCUGUUUGAGCGCUUCUUCUCGUUGCUCCACGUCACAAACGUGGCCUCGAACGGGGAACACCUCAACCGGGAGUGCAGCCUCUUCACGGACGACUGCCGCUAUGUGAUCGUCGGGUCGGCCGUGUACGUCCCAGAGGAGCCGCCGCCUUACUUCUUUGAGGUGUAUCGCAACAACGAAUCUGUAACUCCUAACCCUCGGUCUCCUCUGGAGGACUACUCGCUCCACAUCAUCGACCUCCACACUGGCAGGCUGUGUGACACCAGGUCCUUCAAGUGUGACAAGAUCAUCCUGUCCCACAACCAGGGCCUCUACCUCUACAGGAACAUCCUGGCUGUGCUGUCGGUCCAGCAGCAGACCAUACACGUGUUUCAGGUCACUCCAGAGGGAACGUUUCUCGAUGUCCGGACCAUUGGACGGUUCUGUUAUGAGGACGACCUCCUGACCCUUUCAGCAGUCUACACGGAGGCCCAGACCGAGAGUCAGCCGGGCUUCCCCCGCCUUUACACCGACAAAACCAUCAACUCCCUCAAGCACAGGCUGCUGGUCUACCUGUGGAGGAGGGCUGAGCAGGACGGCAGCGCCACCGCCAAGAGGAGAUUUUUCCAGUUUUUUGAUCAGCUGAGGAGGCUGAGGAUGUGGAAGAUGCAGCUGUUGGAUGAGCAUCACCUUUUCAUUAAAUACACCAGCGAAGACGUGGUCACACUGAGAGUCACCGACCCCUCGCAGCCGUCGUUCUUUGUUGUGUACAACAUGGUGUCCACAGAGGUGCUGGCCGUCUUUGAGAACACCUCCGAUCAGCUGCUGGAACUUUUUGAGAAUUUCUGUGACCUGUUCCGAAACGCCACGCUGCACAGCCAGGCCGUCCAGUUCCCCUGCUCCGCCUCCUCCAACAACUACGCCCGCCAGGUCCAGAGAAGAUUCAAGGACACCAUCGUGAACGCCAAAUACGGCGGGCACACGGAGGCGGUGCGGCGGCUGCUGGGUCAGCUGCCCAUCAGCGCCCAGUCCUACAGCAGCAGUCCUUACCUCGACCUCUCCCUCUUCAGUUAUGAUGACAAGUGGGUGUCCGUGAUGGAGAGGCCCAAGACCUGCGGAGAUCACCCCAUCAGGUUUUACGCGCGGGACUCCGGGCUGCUGAAGUUCAAAAUCCAGGCCGGGCUGCUGGGGCGGCCGGUAAAUCACACCGUGCGGCGCCUGGUCGCAUUCACCUUCCACCCCUUCGAGCCCUUCGCCAUCUCCGUGCAGCGCACCAACGCCGAGUACGUGGUCAACUUCCACAUGAGGCACGUCUGCGCGUGAGGAGUUCAAAGCCGACUUGGUCACAAAUUGCAGGAGCGGUGGUCUCCUGUUAGCAGCCGACGGUGACAAUGCAUCCAAACAUGUCCUCCCAUCGGGAGGCACAAAACAGUGGUUCUGUGAGUCGGCCUCUCCUCCUCCGAAGUGGAUCAGUGGUCCUCUCCCGCUGAUGCAAAACCAGUGUUCCUCGCCGCUUUGCCCCCCUCCCUCACUCUGUGGUCACUCUACUUCGCCGCUCCUCCCCCUCGGCGAGAAGGUAGCAAUUCUGCCUCUUUCCUUUCGUCCGCACCGCUUCACCUCUCUCCCCACUUCCUCCUCGGAACAAAGGGGGUACCUGUAGGGAGAGAGCCUGGAAUAAGUGUAAAUGGAGACGUAGAGAGAGUGAUUGAUGUGCGACGGAGGUGGGAAGCAGCAGGCAGCCGGACCUUUUGGAAGAAACCAAAGGUGUUUUCUUUUCUCUUUUUUUCUUUUUUUUUUUUUUUCCUGCCGUACACUUAAAAGCUGCACAUUCAUAUCCGAAUUGCUUGCCCAGUAGGUCCAUGAACAGCUCUCCAACAAACAUUCUUUUUUUCCUCACAUGGAUGGAGAAAGAGGUCAUUUUAUACUAUAUUGCUUUUACAGGUUUUUACAUAUUACUACAUGUAUAUAUUUUAUGUCAAUAAAACAGUCUGUAUUUUG